AUGCCUACUGAAGGCGAGGAGGAAGAGAAUACAACAACAAAUGACGAUGGUCCAAAAUACAAAAUAUCCAGUUUUCUUUUUGGUAAUGUUAAUAAAGAAGGACAAAUUGAAGAAUAUCAACAUGAUAAUGAAUUAAAAUCGAUUAAUGAUUUGGAUAGAUGUCAUGUAAGAGAAGUGGAAGAAACUGCUACACAUGUACUUUCUGACAAUAGUAAUAAUGACAACAAUCCUAUACCAUCUGUACAAUCAGAUGAUGGCAGUAAUCAACUGUUGACAACUUCUAAUUCAAUGGAUUAUUAUAAUGAACAAGAAGUAAUAGCUGAAGAACUUGUAGAAAAUGUUUUGCACACUAUGAAACCUGAGAAGAUUAAAGAGGAUGAUUACGAUUCAUGUGAUGAUACAGAACUUGGAGCUAGUCAAACACCAAAAGGCGAAUCUGAUCCAAAGUCACUACCAACUGAAGAGAGGCAAACUUCACCUCAAGAAGAAAAAAAUACAACAACUGUUCAAUUAUCAUCUUCUAGUGAAUCUUCAUCACCCAACCAUCAGGUCAAUAUGAUGGAGGCGGCGGCUAAUCAUGAGCAGACAACUGGAGAAGAAAUACUAGAGGCGUCAUCAUCACCAACAUUGUUAUCAUCAUCAUCGCCUGCUGAGAUGAUGAUCUCUCCAUACAAAUUAAUGAGUUAUGCUGAUAUUAGUGUUUCAGAGGAUGCAACACUUAUCAUGCCGCCUCCAUUGCAUCCUGCACCUCUUUCAGUCUCACGGUCAAAUCAAGUUAAGCCUGUUUAUUCACGAAAUCUUGAUUCACCAAUCUGUAGUCCAAUUGCUGUUACCUAUCAUUCACAUUCAGAAUGCACAAGAAGUCCAAGUUAUUCACCGUCUUCUCUACAAAGUCAUGAUAAUAAUAAUAGUGAUAAUGGCCUGAUGAAUACACCUUUGGGUAGUCUUAUGCCAGUAGAAUAUGCAAAUGUUGACAUUAAAGAACUUUUCCCUGCAUAUGAUCCAGGAAAAACACCCUUAUGGGGACGGUUAUUUCGAUUGCCACAUCCAUUGGGUGUCUAUCAUGAAUACAUUGAACGUUAUGCGUAUAUGGAAGAGAUGCUAUCACACAGAUUGUCAAGAAGUGAUCGUCAACAUCUUAUAUAUGAUGGAAUUUUAGAUCUUGGAGAAAUCCCCUUACCAGAAGAUAUUAUCUCUAAUGAUGAAGUUGUGGAGUUGAACACCCCACCAACACCAGGAUUGGAUUAUUUAGCUGGCAGUGAAACAUCAUGGUGGCGUAGAGCAUUUAAAACUGCUCUUGAAGAAUUAUUGAAUCCUAAAAAUGAAAAGACUGAACAAGAUGACAAUUAUAAUAAUGAUAAUAAGAAUAAGAAUAAAAAGGAAUUUCAACAACAACGACAGCAACACCAACACCAACAGUUAUACUUAGAUGAGAAUAAUAAUAAAAGCCAUGAAAUAAGCGAUUCAGAUUACAAUGAUACAGAUAGUUAUAUUGGUUGGCGAUUAGGACCUGCAAAAUAUUGGUAUGAUCAAUUAGGCCUACCGCUGGAUAUCAAUAUCUCUGAAUGGACAGAAUGGAGACGACCGUUACCAACUACUGUGAACUGUAAUAACAGUAGUAUGACGAUGACAACACCAACAGCAACCGCCGAUGAGCCUGUUGAGAGUGCAGAUAAUGAUAAGAAUAAUUCUAUCGAUAUGCAUAAAUCAGUUAGUGAUUCAAAUUGUCCGGCAGUGAUAAAAAAAGAGAAUAAUACUGAUAAUACCACCACACCUACAACGACAACAACAACAACGACUGCUGCUACUACUCUGCCGAAUGGGAAUUUUUCACUUCAUGAAUGUCACAAACAAGAUCCAGAUGAAUCAUUGGUUCUUUCACCUCCAACACCACGUAAGAAUAACUCACGAACAUUGUCAUCGGAAGAUAUUCAUCAGCCGAAUCACUUUUAUCCGCAUCAAUUAUUGAAUUGGGAAGAUGACAUUAUCUAUGAUCCUCAAUUGAGUGCUGCUAAAAUUUCUACUUAUUCCCGGUUAAAUGCUGCCUAUGCCGGUUGGAUACCAUCACAGCAUUGUCGUACUAUGUCAGCAUUUCAAGAUGCCUAUCAGGGGAAAUUUCCCUUCAUUUUAAACUCGAAAACAAUCAAUGGUAUUACAUCGUCUUCAUCGUCUGCUUCGUCAACAACUACACUAAUCAUGGAAAGUUUGCUGAGUCGUCGGCAUUCAACAGCAAGAAAGAACACAAUCCAUUCAAAUCCUCCCCCACCGCCUCCGCCUCCGUAUUCAAUAUUUCCAGUUGAAAAUCAAGCUAUCCUAAAAGAUACCUGGAUUCAUGAUAUCAUUUAUGAUUGUGAUCUACCAGUUGAUCAACAACCUCCACCAUUUCUCCUGACAUUAGAUCAAAAUGAUGAAACAUGCAUUCUAGAACCGAUAAAUGAUGCCAGUAUUGCUACAACCCUAUCGAUUAUACGUAGUCAACGACAGAAACGACUGAUGAAUAGUAGAGGUUUAGAAGGUGAAACAGACAAUACCACUGGAGAUAUGUCUACAAUAGGCAAUAUUAAUAGUAGUAGUAUUAGUAGUAGUGGUAUUAAUAAUAAUAACAAUAUUAAUAGUAGUAAUAAUAAUAGUAAUAGUAAUAUUCGUGGUAAUAUUCAAGAUGCCAGUUGGUCUAAUUCAAAUCAAAUGAAUGAUACAGGUGAUAAUAACAACAAGUUGAAUAGUAAUAUGGGCACAAUGAAUCGUACUAGUCUUCAAGUGAACUUUGGUUUAGCCUCUACGCGUGGUAUGUUCACUGGUGCGUUAGCUAAAGCUGAAAAAGGCGCAGAAAAAGUGAAAAUGAUUUUGGGUAAACAUGGUCUUUUAGCCGAGGACGAUUGGCAACCAAAUCAAUCAGAGAAACUAAUGACUGCAGAUAAUGAUAGAGGAGUAGUAGAUCAACUUCAAGAGGCUGGUGAAUUCAAUUCAGACAGUGGUAAUGCUGCUUUAGCGUCAGCUGCAGCCGCUGUCUCUGGUAUCCCACCAAAAGAUCCAUUAAAUUUAUCCAAUGAUGAAUAUUAUGCCAUUCGAAGCGGUGCACUAGCUUUAGGCGGUCUAGCACGAUGUGGUCCACUACAGCAUAGUACACCGGCUGUGGAAUUAUGGCCACCAUUUUUCCCAACAUUUAUGAGUCCGUUACGCCUACGUCAGUUUCAUAGAGUUCCAUUGAAAAGAUAUCUUCGUGGUCCAAUGUCACAGUUCAAUGUACCCUUUCCUGUGACUAAUCUCACACGUCAUAUCCAUCGUAAAAUGCGUGAAAGAGAAGAUGAACGAGCUGCUACAGGUGGUGGUGAAAUUUUCUUCAUGAGAAAUCCUGGAGAUUUAUCUGGAGCUGAUGGAGAGAUUGUUUUAUUUGAAUUUUCUGAAGAAUACCCUCCAUUGAUGGCACAGGUUGGUAUGGCUACAAGAAUAAUAAACUACUAUCGUCCAUUAGUGCCAAGAGAUAGAUCCCUUUCACCAUGUCCACAUGCUUACAAUGAACCACCUGAACUACCGUAUGGUUCACUUGUUUACGUUGGAGGUUCUGAUAGUCCAUUUCUUGGAGUUAUUCGACCCGGUGGUUGUUUACAGACUGUUGAAAAUAGUAUGUAUCGUGCACCAAUCUAUCCGCAUACACUUUCCAAUACUGAUUUCUUAUUAAUACGUAAUCGUAAUGGGAUUAGUAUACGUCGGAUAGCCAAUGCAUUUACUGUUGGUCAAGAAGUACCCCUAAUGGAAGUCCCUGGUCCAAAUUCAAAACGUGCUAACAAUUUUGUACGUGAUUUUCUACAAGUAUUCAUCCUGCGCUUAUUCCUACGUAGUACAGAUGAACCGAAACGUAUUAAAAUGGAAGAGAUUCGUAAAGCUUUUCCAAAUCAUUCAGAAAGUAGUGUCAGGAAACGAUUGAAAAUCUGUGCUGAUUUUAAACGUACUGGUUCUGAUGCAAGUUGGUGGGUUCUACGCUCUGACUAUCGAUUACCAUCAGAAGAGGAAGUCCGCUAUCUUGUUUCACCAGAAGACUGUUGUGCACAUUACAGUAUGCUGGCGGCUGAAUUACGUCUGAAAGAUGCUGGUUACGGUGAAAAGUGUCUAUUUGUUUUGGAUGAAAAUCAAGGCGAAGAAGAAGAAGAUAAAGAAGGUCAACCUAAAAUGGAAGAUGAGGUGAGAGCUGCACCAUGGAAUACAACACGAGCGUAUUUAGCUUCACAACGUGGUGGUUGCUUCCUUGAAUUACACGGAGCUGCUGAUCCAACUGGUUGUGGUGAAGCUUUUUCCUAUUCUAAAACAUCAGCUAAACCUGGUGCAUUAUUUAGACAAGCCGGUGGGGAAGUGGCUAGAGGAUUAUUAAAAGGUAAACGUACUGUCACUGGAACUGAUGCUGAUUUGCGUAAACUGCAUCUACGUGAUGCACGUGCUUUAUUACGUUCAUUUGGGAUUAGUGAAGCUGACUUGAAGACAUUUAAACGUUGGGAAAUCAUUGACAUGGUUCGUUUCACAUCGACUGAACGAGCUAAACAAGGCGAAGAAGAAGGUUCAGCAAAAUUCGCUCGUGGUAAUCGCUUAUCAAUGAGUGAACAAAUUCGUUGUUAUAAAGAAGAAUGUCAGCGAAUAUUUGAUCUACAAAAUCGUGUCCUGUCGAAUCCAGAACUGUUAAGCUCUGAUGAAGAGAUGAGCAGUGAAGAUGAUGAAGAUGAAGUCACCGGGACUGAUGGUGUUGGUGGUCAUCGAUCUACAGGGCUAGGUGGGCAUAGUUCCAGUGGACCGAGUAAUUCCAUAGGCGGUGUACGUCUGUCCAGUCUAUCGUCAUCAGCUCGUUCUUAUGCACAAGUUAGUCGUAAUAUGGAAUCGUUAAUGUCUAAUCGGAUAACAUCUAAAGAGUUAGACAGUAAAGGUGAUGAUAAGGAUCGAAGUAAACUGAAAAGAGCUUUAGAAGGCAGUGAUUCAUUACCAGGAACAAAACGACCACGUAAAACGAAUCAGUUACAGCUGAAAGAGGCUGACUUAUCCAGUACAGAAUGCAAUGAAGGCAGUACAAGUGGGAAUACAGUGUAUGAUGCUAGUGCUACUGCCGCUGGAACAAUUCUUGACUUACAACCACCAUGGCCAAAUGCCAAUAAGAAAAUGUUACGCAUAAUGCGUACUUAUUCAGAAGACGGGCAUCAGUACACACGAACGGAAUUAGUACCAUGGUCACCGGUUGUAGAAAUCUACUUGAAAAUUCGUCAAACACGUGAUGAUGAUUUUAUUCAUAGCUUUGUUGACUCAGAUGAUCACUUUCGCGAGCAACAGAAGAAAGAGAAACGAAGAUUACAGGAUCAAUUACGUCGUCUUCGUAAACAACAACAAAUUAUCCGAGAACGUGGUGGUGUUGGCAGUGGAGGGGUUAUGCCCGGUAUGAAGUCUUCAUUAGGAUUGGGCAAUAAAGCGAAUCGACAUAGACGGCAUAAAACACUGACAGAGGCGUUGAUUAAAAUGCGUUGUGGUGCAUGCGGUCAAAUGGGUCAUAUGCGUACUAAUAAAGAGUGUCCAAUGUAUGGACGUGGUGGCGGUAGUACCUCUGCAUCUCUACAGAAUGAUGUAGGUGUCCGAAGAACAACAACAACAUCAACUACAGAACGUGGUCAACUACGUUCACAAACCUCUCUGCGUAAUCUAUCGCGUUCAAUUGAUGACUUGGGCAAUACAAAGCUAGACGAUAGAGGAGAAUUAAGCUUCUUAGAGGCUAGUUGUUAUACUGGUCGAAAAUUAGAACCUGAAACGAUAGCAGCAGCACAAGCAUUAGCCUCUCGACCUGUAUGUGAAUUGUUAGCAGAACAAGAAGAAGAAGAAGAAGCAGAAAAGGCUAAUUAUGGUCAUGGUACGGAGAAUCUUGAUGAUAGACAUCAUAGCAAAGAUUCAGAGGAUUUUGAUGAAUCAUCUAUGCAUAGUGCUCUUGGAGAGAAUGAUAUGACGGUUGAAGGAACUAAGCUAAAACUUCACUCUGGUUUAACGAAAUACAUUAAAGAACAAAAUCGUCGUAAUCUAAAGCUGAAAAUACGUCGUCAGUUGUUAGAUCGUUUGGAUGCUGCAGCUGCUGUUGUCCAGUCGGCGGUUAAUUCAAGUCGACGUGGAGCAAUGGGUGCUGGUCGUGGUGGUGGUGGAAGAAAUCGACGCUCCAGUAUGGGUAUUAAUGAUGAUGACUUUCCGACAAGUAUCAAACAUCGUGGUAAUCGACGGCGUAUUGAUCCUCGUGUUGCGCUGAAUCAUAUUUUUGAAGGAAUCUAUAAGGGUCUUACUCAAAUACCCGGUUAUAAAAUAUUUAUGCAUCCAGUGAAAGAGAAAGAUUUUCCUAAUUAUUAUUCACAAAUUGAUACUCCAAUGGAUUUAUCUCAGAUACGUAUGAAAAUCAAUGAGAAUAGUUAUGCUACACGUGAAGAAUUCCUAUCUGAUAUCCGAUUAAUUUAUACUAAUUCUUCAAAAUUCAAUGGUCGUUAUAGUGCCUAUACAGAGACAGCUAUGAAAAUGUGUUCCCAUGUAAUGGAACAAUUUUGUCAUAAAGAAUUAAAAUUAAUGCGAUUAGAGUCACUGGUGAAUCCUCUACUGGAUGAAGAUGAUCUUGUCGGUUUAAGUUAUCUUCUGCAACAGGCUAUUGAAGCUAUGCGUAGUGUUGAGCAUAGUCGACCAUUUCAUAUACCGGUGGAUAAACGACGAUAUCCUGAUUAUUAUAAAAUUAUCAGUAAUCCAAUGGAUUUAUCAACGCUUGAAAAAUUAGUUAAAGAAAAUCGAUUUCAUUCACGUGAUGAAUUUUUCGAACGGACAGAAUUAAUUCUAACCAAUUGUAUUACAUUCAAUGGUACUGAAAGUCCAUUAACAGAGAUUGCACAAAAAAUGCUACAAGCUGCACGUACACGUUUAGAACAAGAUAAAGAGACAUUAGAUACACUUGAAGCGAAUAUACGUAGUAGUCAUCUUGGAAAUGAAUCACAAAGUUGUCCAAAUGAUUCUAAUUCUCUCCUAUUAGAAGAUGAACAACAGCAACAACAAAAAGCCGCCAAUUCAAAAUCUAAAUUACUGAAGCGUAGACUAUCACCGUUAAAAUCGGUUAGUAAAGAAGAGAAACAAGAAGCAGGAGGAGAAGGAGAACAGGAAGAAGUUAAGAAAAAGUUGCUUGGAUCAAUCGAGAAGGACGACGCCUUCCCUCAGCAUCACCAUGAUGUUAGUUUCACUAGUUCUGAUGAUCAAACCAUAACAGCUGAGAAAUCAAUGACAAGCAAACCAGUAGAUAGUGGUGGAUGUGGUCGAUUAUUACGUCAACGAUCAAGUGGAGCUUGGUAUGGUGUUGACCUAGACUAUGAUGAUGAUGAUGAAUCCGACGAAGAUGGUGGUAAUGCUGCUGGAAGUGACAACGAUGAUGAUGGUGAUGCUGAUACUGAUGACGACGAUAAGUAUGCGCAUAAUAAACCAACAUCCUCUGCUAAACGAAUGCCUAUUCGUGGUGGUAGUGGUAGUCGUAGUACGACGUCAAAACAAUGGACGACAACAACAACACAAGUAGAUGACGAUGAUGAAAGCAAUGAAUUACUAUACACAUCAAAAUCGAAUCAGUCGAUGUCUAAACUUCAAGAUUCUGAACAUACAGAAGAUUCAAACUAUACAGAAGAAGGUAAUGUUCUUGAUGAGAAUUCUUCAUUUUAUGAUUGGAAUAGUCAAGAGGCGAUUAGCCGAACUAUUGUUGCUGCUGCCGACAAUAAUUCUCUCAGACAAACUGGACAUAAUCUAAGUGAAGCAAGCUCUCCGACAAGUGAGCAUACAGUUGAGGAGGAAGAAGAAGAGGAUGAGGAAGACAAUAUUGAUCGACAUGACAAUGAUGAUCACAGUAACCAUGGUUAUGAUGAUGAUAAUGAUGAUUCUCAACAAAUCAAUGAUUGGAACCAGUUCACCAGGGGAAGUAAUGUCGAAGAAGGCGAUGGCGAUGGCGAUGAUUAUCAUGGUGGAGUGUUAGAUUUUCGUUCUCAACAAGAUAAAUUUCCUACUUAUAUUGAUGAAGACACUCGUUUUUCUCUAGGUAAUGCAGAUAUGCCAGGAUCAAUCACCGGUGUUGGUGUUGGUGUUGUUGGUGGUGAUGUUAAUACAGUCGGUGGUCAUUUGGAUUAUUCUCAGCUAGAUUUAAAUGAUAAUGAUGAUGAUGAUUUAGUUGCAAAAGACUUACAGUUGACUGAUUCAGAUGAUGACAGUUGUUUAUCUGGUCAAGGCGGAGAAUUAUGCACUGAUGAGAAUGAUGGUGUUGGUCUAAAUCUGGUUGGCGAUGAAGAAGACGUUGAUGGCAGAGGUGCUGGUGGUGGUGCCGAGGGUGUUAAUACACAUGCUGAUUAUACAGGAUAUAAUCUAAGCAAUUCUCAAAUUAUGCCCCAAAAUGACUCGUUCUCAUAUGAUCAACACUGCCAACAAGAACAAGAGCAGCAGCAACAACAACAACAAAAUGACGAUAACAAUCCUGUCUCCUUUUUUAUCAGUGAUGAAGACGAUGACGACAGUUAG